CCAAACGCACAGAAUCAAACCUCUACAAAGUAGCACAAAAUUUUGCUUAAAAAUUGAGAUUUGGGGAGAGAAUCCUUCAUCUCCUUCUCCAUUCUAAAACCCAAUCAAUCCCUUCACUUUCUCGGAAGGGGGAGAGUUUAAACCCUAACUUCGGCCCCGUAUUUCUCUCCCCUGACCACUGAUUUCAAAAUCACUCUCUCUCUCUCUCUCUCUCUCUCUCUCUCUAUUCUCUCUCUGCGCGAAUGAAUCCUCCCCAUCCUCCUCCUCAUCGCUUGUUCCAAAGUGGGUUUCAGCUUUCAAGUUGAUAACUUGUCAUCAACCCAAAGCAGCAUUUCUCUCUCUCCUUCCUCCACCGGUUUUGCUUUGAAAGAGCUCAAGCUGUGGCGGAGAAGAUCUCGCCUUUACCCAAAAUUCAGCAUCAGAGGAUGGACUCCAGAGACAACCCACAACCACCGCCUCAUCAGCCGCUACCAAACAUGAUGGUGGGCCCCCCGUCCUACCCCACGGCCACCGCAUCUCACUUGAUCAACAACCCUAAUUCCGCCACUCCAGCCUCCACCACGGGCACCACCACCUCCUCCUCCAUGAUGAUGCACCACCACCACUCCCACCACCACCACCACCACCACCAGCACCAGCAGCAGCAGCAGCAGCAGCAGCAGCACCAUCACCAGCAACACCACCAACACCAGCAGCAGCAGCCACCCCCCAGGUUCCCUUUUGUGGGACCCCCUUCAUCUGAGCCCUUGGAUUCUCUUGCCGCUGCCACCGGCCUCUACGAUGGCUCCUCCCCUUCCGGGUUCUCAAUCGAGCCAGCCAAGAAGAAGAGGGGCCGCCCGAGGAAGUACGCUCCUGAGGGUAACAUUGCGCUCGGCCUAGGUCCCGCUUCGACUCCCCCCUCCUCUGGGGCUGCUCCUGGGUCCCCCUCCACGGAACCCCCAACCAAGAAGAACAGGGGAAGGCCCCCCGGGUCGGGAAAGAAGCAAAUGGAUGCUUUGGGAUCUGGUGGCAUUGGGUUCACUCCUCAUGUUAUUUUGGUGAAGGCUGGUGAGGACAUUGCUUCUAAAAUCGUGGCUUUCUCACAGGAAGGACCCCGCACAGUCUGUAUUCUCUCUGCAAAUGGUGCAGUCUGCAAUGUUACCCUCAAGCAACCUUCCAUGCCUGGUCCAGCUGCAACAUAUGAGGGUCGAUAUGAGAUCAUUUCUCUCACCGGUUCAUUCCAAUUCCCUGGUGGUGAUAUCAAUCACAGCAGAAUUGGUUCCCUGAGUGUGUCCCUUGCUGGUCCUGAUGGUCGUGUUGUUGGCGGUGGAGUUGCAGGAAUGCUAAUAGCCGCUACUCCCGUACAGGUCAUCGUAGGGAGCUUUCUUGCGAACAAGAAGAAGUCAAGUUCGAAUCCUAUGAAAUCGGGGCCCUCAUCGGCUCCUCAGUCCCAGACACUGAACUUUGGUGCGCCACCAUCGAUGGUGAGUCCCUCUCAAGAUGGCUCGAGUGAAUCGUCUGACGAGAAUGGGACCGGCGGAAGCCCAAUGGCACGGCCCUCCUCAGGUUACUACAACGAAGUGAGUCAACCCAUGCACAGCAUGCAAAUGUACCAUCACCUCUGGGCGGGUCAAGCCCACCGAUGAAGAGAAGAGAAGCCUGACUUCUUCUCAUCCAGCACCAACGGAGGACAGGAUUUUGCGCGUAACUUCCUUCUGACUUAGAGAAAUGCCGCUUUGGUUCUUAGUGGUGGCAAGUAGAGAAAGAAAAGGUUCUUAGAUAAGACAUUUAACUUUGGUACUGCUGAAAGGAAAUCUUAGAGAGGCUGCUGCUUUAAUUUUUAGUUGUUUAUUAUCUCUUUUUUAUUUCUUUGCCGUUUCUCCGAGUUGAGUACCUUGUUUCAUUUCUCAUGUGAUUAUGAACGAGAUGGUUGUUGAUAGUCCGAUAACAUGCUCUGCUCUCCUUAGGAUUUGAUGACC